GGACUGUUGGUGAAGUAUCUCUGGCGAAGUCAGCUGAAGACGAGUGACGCGUCUGAUAGAUAGCAAACUCUAUCUCACCACCGGCCUCUCAUCUGACCAGACGACAACUUUCCCUCCGGAGAAGAAAGCGGCUCAACGGUCCAUCAUGUCUGCUAAGGCAAUUAGCGAGGAGACCGCUAAGGAGUUUCUGUAUAAGCACAUCUGCACCACCGCGGCUCUGCAGAACCGCUUCAGAACCGCACGCGUCACCUGCAGCACCGACUGGGACAGACUCGCACAGGAUCACCCAUGGCUACUCACUGAGCGUUUAGUUGUGAAGCCAGAUCAGCUGAUUAAGAGGCGGGGCAAGCUGGGACUGGUGGGCGUGAACCUUGACCUGAUGGGCGUGCGCGAAUGGCUGAAACCUCGCAUGAUGAGAGAGACCACGAUCGGCAAAGCAAAGGGGAUGCUCAAGAACUUCCUCAUUGAGCCGUUUGUGCCUCACAAGCAGGAGGAGGAGUUCUACGUGUGUAUCUACGCUGAUCGUCAUGGUGACUAUGUGAUGUUCCAUCACGAGGGGGGCGUGGACGUUGGGGAUGUGGACGCUAAAGCUCAGAAGCUCCUGGUUGCUGUCGACGACAAACUCACAGAGGAAAUGGUUACUCAGCAACUACUGACGCACGCCCCGCCCCUCAUCAAAGAGGUGCUGGCCAACUUCAUUGUCGGCCUGUUCAACUUGUAUGAAGAUCUUUACUUCACAUACCUUGAAAUCAACCCACUAGUGGUAUCAUCUGAUGGUGUGUUUGUCCUGGACUUGGCUGCUAAGAUCGACGUGACCGCUGACUUCCUGUGCAAAGCCAAGUGGGGAGACGUGGAGUUCCCGCCCCCAUUUGGCAGAGACGCCUACCCUGAGGAGGCCUACAUAGCAGACUUGGAUGCUAGGAGUGGCGCCAGCCUGAAGUUGACCAUCCUGAACCCCAGAGGACGCAUCUGGACCAUGGUGGCCGGGGGCGGAGCCUCUGUGGUGUACAGUGACACCAUCUGUGACCUGGGUGGGGUGGAUGAGUUGGCUAAUUACGGAGAAUAUUCCGGAGCGCCAAGCGAACAGCAGACCUACGACUACGCCAAGACGAUCCUGUCACUCAUGACUCGGGAGAAACACCCAGAUGGUAAGGUUCUGAUCAUCGGUGGGAGUAUCGCCAACUUCACCAACGUGGCCGCCACCUUUAAGGGCAUCGUGCGGGCCAUUAAAGACUACCAGGAGCCUCUUCAAGAGCACGAGGUUUCCAUCUUCGUACGACGCGGCGGCCCAAACUACCAAGAGGGACUCAGAGUCAUGGGGGAAGUCGGUAAGACUACCGGUAUUCCAAUCCACGUCUUCGGAACGGAGACCCACAUGACUGGCAUCGUUGGCAUGGCGAUGGGUAAGAGGCCAAUCCCCAAUCAGCCCAAAGCCGAUGUCCACACAGCCAACUUCCUGUUGAACACGAGCAGCAGCAGCAGCCAGACUCCUGCAUCCAGUCGAACUGCCUCCUUCUCUGAGCCUAAAGCUGCAGCUGACGUCACACCAGCCAAGAAGCUGAAACCAGGAGAGACACCAGUUCUCUGUCCCUUCAUCACUCUACCUGCACUCAUGGCACCUGUUUCAGUGAAGGCUACGACCCUCUUCUCCUCCAAGACCAAGGCCCUGGUGUGGGGAAUGCAGACUCGUGCAGUUCAGGGCAUGCUGGACUUCGACUAUGUCUGCUCUCGAGAGGCACCCUCAGUAGCUGCUAUGGUUUACCCAUUCACCGGUGACCAUAAGCAGAAGUUCUACUGGGGUCACAAGGAGAUUCUGCUUCCUGUCUACAAGUCGAUGGCGGAUGCCGUGCGGAAACACCCGGAAGUGGAUGUGCUCAUCAGUUUCGCAUCGCUACGCAGCGCCUACGACAGCACCAUGGAAACACUCAACUUCUCUCAGAUCCACACCAUAGCUAUUAUCGCUGAGGGGAUUCCAGAGGCUCUGACUCGGCGACUCAUCAAGAAGGCGGAUGAGAAGGGAGUCACCAUCAUCGGCCCGGCAACCGUGGGCGGUAUUAAGCCUGGGUGCUUUAAGAUUGGCAAUACGGGCGGGAUGCUGGAUAACAUCCUGGCGUCUAAACUGUAUCGUCCGGGCAGCGUGGCCUACGUUUCUCGAUCGGGAGGGAUGAGCAACGAGCUGAACAACAUCAUCUCACGCAGCACAGACGGAGUCUACGAGGGAGUGGCUAUCGGAGGAGACAGGUAUCCAGGCUCGACCUUCAUGGAUCAUGUUCAACGCUAUCAGGACACUCCAGAGGUCAAGAUGAUCGUAGUGCUGGGAGAGAUUGGAGGUCUUGAAGAGUAUCGCAUUGGCCAGGGUGUGUCUUCUGGGCGUAUCACCAAGCCAGUUGUCUGUUGGUGCAUCGGAACCUGUGCAACCAUGUUUGCAUCUGAGGUCCAGUUUGGGCAUGCGGGGGCGUGUGCUAACCAGAAGGCAGAAACUGCGGUGGCGAAGAACCAAUCACUACUUGAGGCGGGAGUCUACGUCCCCAACAGCUUUGAUGAGCUGGGAGACCUCAUCAAGUCUGUGUAUGAUGGGCUGGUCUCAUCAGGGGUGAUUGUUCCAGCUCAAGAGGUCCCACCCCCUACCGUCCCCAUGGACUAUUCCUGGGCCAGGGAGUUGGGUCUUAUUCGUAAGCCUGCAUCCUUCAUGACGUCCAUCUGUGAUGAGCGUGGUCAGGAGCUGAUCUACGCCGGGAUGCCGAUUACUGAAGUCUUCAAGGAGGAGAUGGGAUUAGGAGGAGUACUGGGACUACUGUGGUUCCAGAGACGAUUGCCGCGCUACGCGUGCCAGUUCAUUGAGAUGUGUUUGAUGGUGACGGCUGAUCAUGGGCCUGCUGUCUCAGGAGCUCACAACACCAUUGUCUGCGCCCGCGCCGGGAAAGACCUGGUCUCCAGUCUGACUUCAGGACUACUGACGAUAGGUGAUCGAUUCGGUGGUGCAUUGGAUGCAGCAGCUAAGCAGUUUAGCGGAGCGUUCGAUUCUGGAAUGUUGCCGAUGGAAUUCGUGAACAAGAUGAAGAAGGACGGAAAACUGAUCAUGGGCAUCGGACACAGAGUCAAAUCAAUUAAUAAUCCCGACAUGCGAGUUCAGAUCCUGAAGGAUUUUGUCAAGCAGCAUUUUCCCGCCCACCAGCUGCUGGACUACGCACUGGAGGUCGAGAAGAUCACCACAUCCAAGAAGCCUAAUCUGAUCCUGAAUGUUGAUGGCUUCAUUGGCGUCGCCUUCGUGGACCUGCUGAGAACAUGCGGAGGCUUCACCAGGGAUGAGGCAGAUGAGUUCAUUGAGAUUGGAGCUCUAAACGGGAUCUUCGUUCUGGGACGCAGCAUGGGAUUCAUAGGUCAUUAUCUGGAUCAGAAGCGCCUUAAGCAGGGGCUGUAUCGUCACCCCUGGGAUGACAUCAGCUACGUGCUGCCGGAGCACAUGACCAUGUAGGUUCACCAUGGAAAUGCCUCCCAGAUCCUCCUGACGCUCCAUAACGCCAGCUUCCACACACACAAUGUGUGUGUGUGUGUGUGUGUGUGUGUGUGUGAGAGAGAGAGAGAGAGAGAGAGAGAGAGAGAGAGAGAGAGAG